AUGGCCAAGAAUAACUUUGUGAUGUUUGAGUUGCCGAUAGCACACGCUGAGAUUGCCGAUAGUUGCCGAUGUCACAUUCUUGAGCUGGGUAUUGGUGGUGCAGAGGCUGCCCAGAUUGCACGGGUGCUGAUUAAGGACCCCUCGAGUAAGCAAGAGUUUAAAAAACCAGACCAGGCCCCAGAGCCACCCACACGCGGCCCAGCCGUGGUCAACCCCACCCUGUUCUUCGACAUCGCCGAGGACGGCGAGCCCUUGGGCCACGUCUCCUUUGAGCCAUUUGCAGAGUUCCAAAGACAGCAGAAAAAAAUUCAUGCUCUGAGCACUGGGGAGAAAGAAUCUGGUUAUAAAGUUUCUUGCUUUCACAGGAUUAUUCCAGGAUUCAUAUACCCAAGUGGUAACUUCACACGCCAUAAUGGCACUGGUGGUAAACCCAUCUCUGGGGAGAAAUCUGGUGAGAAUUUCAUCCUGAAGCAUAGGGGUCUUGGCACCUUGUCCAUGGUAAAUGCUGGGUCUCACACAAAUGGUUCCCAGUUUGUCAUCUGCACUGCCAAGACGGGCUGGUUGGAUGGCAAGCAGGUGGUCUUUGGCCAGGUGACAGAGGGCAUUAAUAUUGUGACAGCCAUGGAGUGCCCUGGAUCCAGGAAUGGCAAGACCAGUGAGAAGAUCACCAUUGCUGACUGUGGACAAAUCUAA